UCUGUGUCUGUGUGUCUGUCUGUCUGUGUGUCUGUGUGUCUGUGUGUCUGUGUGUCUGUGUGUGUGUGUGUGUGUGUCUGUCUGUCUGUGUGUCCAGGCACACUACAGUACAUGGCUCCUGAAAUCAUAGACAAGGGUCCUCGAGGAUACGGGAAGCCAGCGGACAUCUGGUCUCUGGGCUGCACCAUCAUAGAGAUGGCGACUGGGAAACCACCUUUCUAUGAACUGGGAGAGCCGCAGGCUGCUAUGUUCAAGGUGGGAAUGUUUAAGAUCCACCCAGAGAUCCCAGAGUCCAUGUCGCUGGAGGCCAAAGCCUUCAUCCUGCGCUGCUUUGAGCCCGACCCGGACCGGCGUGCCACCGCCUUCGACCUGCUCACCGACGAGUUCCUCACCGUCACCAGCCGCAAGAAGAAGAGCAAGAGCAGCUUCACCGCGCUGUCACCGGGGUCUGAGUACCUCCGCAGCAUCUCCCUGCCGGUGCCGGUGGUGGUGGAGGACACCAGCAGCAGCAGCGAGUACGGCUCCGUCUCCCCUGACAAUGACCUCAACACCAACCCCUUCAUCUUCAAGCCCAGCGUGAAGUGCUACAGCGAGAGGGACGUCAAAGGGCCACGGUCCCUCUUCCUCAGCAUUCCAGUGGAGAACUUCGAGGACCACAGCGCGCCUCCAUCCCCCGAUGAGAAGGAUUCAGGCUUCUUUAUGCUUCGCAAGGACAGCGAGAGACGAGCCACACUGCACCACAUCCUGACGGAGGACCGGGACAAGGUGGUGGCCAACCUGAUGGAGGCCAUCACACAGGGCUCUGAGGAGAUGAAGCUGAAGCCUCAGCACAUCUCCACCCUCGUGGUCAGUCUGGCCGACUUUGUUCGCAUGGCGGACAGGAAAAUCAUCGCCAACACGUUGUCUCAACUCAAGCUGGAGCUGGACUUUGACAGCACGGCCAUCAGUCAGCUGCAGAUCGUGCUGUUUGCCUUCCAGGAUGCUGUAAACAAAGUGCUGCGAAACCACAACAUCAAGCCUCACUGGAUGUUCGCUCUGGACAACAUCAUACGCAAAGCUGUGCAGACCGCCAUCACAAUCCUGGUGCCAGAGCUGAGGCCUCACUUCAGCCUGGCCUCAGAAAGUGACCCGGCCGAGCAGGAGGACGUUGACGACGAUGGCGAGCCGGAGAGAAACUCCACCAGCCGGACGCCUGCCGUCACCGCUCACGACGACACCGUGGUCACGUCCGGAGUCAGCACGCUCAGCUCCACUGUCUCGCACGAAUCCCAUAAUGCACAGCGCUCUGUGAGCAUGGAGCUGGGCCGGAUGAAGCUGGAGACCAGCAGGCUGAUGGAGCAGCUGCUGGAGAAGGAGAGAGAGUAUCAAGCCAUCCUGCAGCAAGUGCUGGAGGAGAGAGAGCAGGAGAUCAGACUACUGAGGCUGCGAGCUGAGCCUGCAGACGUCCCCACAUCAUCAGGCGACCCCGAGGCACAGAGGAGUCCACCUGCAGAGAGACAUGAAGACUCAGAGAUGACCAGCUGGCUGAGGCUUUACGGCGCUGACCAGGACUCCAUAGAGAGAAUACUGAACGAGGAUUACACCAUGAACGACAUCCUCCACGAAGUAACAAGAGACGAUCUGAAGAGUUUAAGUCUGAGAGGCGGGAUCCUGUGUAAACUAUGGAAGGCCAUCACAGACUACAGGCAGAAGCCAACCUGAGGCCUUAAGUGGCGACAACCACUCCUUUAUCCCAACAACUCAGUAUUCUACCCUUUACCUCAGUAUUUAUAAGAGCAAGACUUUUAGGAGAAGAACCUGUUUGCCGUGUGCACAGAGCAGCUUUCCACUCGCACAGGAAACUCAUGAGUAUUUUGAUAAUUUAGAAAAAAGGAUUUUGGUACAAAAAAAGGUCACUUUGAAAGAAACAAUUACUUGUAAGUGCCAUAAGUUUUGCUAUGCCUGAUGGACCGUACACAUCUCUUUGUUACAGGUGCGUUAAAAAUGACAAUUGGAAAGAAAAUCUAUCGUUAAAGCUGUCGAAACAUUUUCUCCUGUCAAGAUGUAACGUUUACAAAAUUGGAGACUAUUUUCUAAAACAAGCCUGAGAUACAAAAUACUACAUUCAAAAUCAUCUGUACUAAUGUUUUUAUCAUAGGCAUCUUAUCACUACUUUAUUUAAAUGUAUUUUUAAUUUAAUUCUUAUGGUAAUCUGAAGGAUAUCAGUGCAUGCCCUUUUUUUUUUUUUAAUCCAUACUGAGACUUAUUUAAAUAGGUUUUAUUUCACAUUUCCUUUUAUAAUACGAAUCUACAUUUUUAUUUUUCCGAAACGUGUAAAUAUUGUGUUAUAGAGUUAUAUGUGAAUGACAUUUAUGUACUUAAAAAACACAUUGAUAAACAUAGUCAAAUCUCCAUGUGGAUUGGACCAAGUCUAUAAAGAACACAUGUGAAAACUAAAUUGUAUAGUAUUGUAUUUUCUAGUGUCAUAAAUCAUAGGAGAUAAUAUUCAGUCUGUUAUUAAUAUUACACCAAAUCAUUUUGUUUUUAUUGUUGUACACUGACAAAGUUGUGCUUAUCUUGCUUGUGUAGAUAUGAUAAUUCAGUCGGAUGUAUUUUGUAAUGAAAACAUCUUAAAUUCAAGCAAAUUUCAUAUCGAAGAGCCUUGACCUUUUAUUUUAUUUUUAUUUUUUAAACUUGAUGUCAGAAAUGGGGUCCGUUUUGUUUCAUAUCUAAAAUUAUUCAAGAUUGUUGUGUCAUCUUGUUAAAAUAAAACUUUUCAUCAUUGAAACUGUGAAA